ACCAUUCAACUCUUCAUCACACACCGCCCAACCAGCGUCGCCAUGGCGGAGAACCACCACCAGGGUCCCACGGACGUCCCCUCCACCUCCACCUCCCAAGGACUCGCCGUCGCCAUUCUCUUCCCCUUGGGCAGCAUCCUCCUCAGCCUCUCCGUCCUCAUCCUCACCAGCACCCUCUUCGGCAUCGCUCUCUCCGCCCCGCUCUUCCUCCUCUUCAGCCCCAUUAUUGCCCCGGCCGUCAUCACUCUCGCCCUCGCGGUACUCGGGUUCUUGACCUCCGGGGUUUUUGGUAUCACGGCGCUGUCGUCGUUCAUGUGGAUCGUUACAUACUUUAGGAAGAUGAGGGAGCAGUUCGAGCAAGCUAGGCGGCGCGUGGGGGACGCCGCGAGCCAUGUGGGCCAGACUGGGCCCAAGCCACCGCAUGGUCUUUGGGCCUGGGCCCAUUAACGUUGGCACGAUCAGUUUUGUGAAAAGAGUUGUUCCAAUAAUUGCAAUGUCGCUUAUAACUACUAGAUUUGAGUUGCAGCUGUCUGCUAAUUUAGUUGAAUUAAACAUGUUUGUGCAGUUGCUUUAAGUUUUA